UUCAUGACAUCUCAGGACAAUUUUAUGAUAACACACCUUCACAAUGAGGACCUGUGGAAAAAUGAGGACAUUUUUCGCGUCCUCAUAUUUCCACGCAGUCUACACUACUCUAGAGCUCACGAGGAUACUCCCACACCAAAAAUAAGUGAUGUCCUGAAAGAGCACAAUUUUCAGAAAUUGUGUGUUUAAGUGUGUUUAACUUUCGACUCACUUUUCAUUUGGAAAACUAGUGGCCAACUUCGGUACUUAACACACUUUUAACACACUUUCAGUGACGUCAUUGUGCAGGACCUCAAAUGUCAUCUUUUUCGGACUGACUCACACAUUUUCCCCGCCCUCGUCCUGAUAAAUCAAAUCAAUUAGCAGUCACACAAAAUCCAACAUGUGAAGCAGCCAGACAAUCCUACUCUCAAACACGACCACGCGUGGAUGACCAUCGGGUAAGCAAUUCCUUUUCAUUUAUCUUACCGUAACAUAGAAGUUGUUCAAUAUAACCGUGUUUAACAGUGCCCACCAAAGGUAAUAUCAUUCAAUAAGACAGCUAGCUAGCUAGCUAGCUCGAUCGUUAGCAUGCUAAUAAGCUUCCAGUAAAAGUAAUGUGGACAUGUCCUGCAGGCAAGGUUCUGGAAAACUUUUCUAAAUCUUUAACAACACAGUCUGUGGAACUUGGUUUUGGUACCAUAUGUUUAUUUCAGUGCAGUAUUUGUUUUAUUCGAUUGCAGUUAAUUUAAAUUAGUUAGUACAGGUAGCCUAAUGAAAGUGGGCCAGGCACUUCUAGCAUUUACGCUAAGCCCGGUGUAUUUACACUGUUUAUUCUUGUGCUGAUUCAAUUGUACACCGUUUCAAUGAAAAAAACAAACAAACGUUUGCAAUGAAAUUAUAGCAGAAUUCAGCUUUGUUGGUACAUUUGGUCAAGACAAUAUUGUGUUACUCUAUUUUAAUUUUACAUUGUUAUCUGCCUGACAAAUGGUUUGCCCGAAUCUAUUAGUCUGACCAGCAAAUGUUUGAUGAAAUGAAUUUUUGUAUUUUUGAGGAAGAAAAUAAUAUUCCUUUGGCUCAGUACUUUUUGAGCCAAAAUAAGUGCUGCCAUAAUAUUGUGCUUGCUUGUCUGGCUGACUUCUUCUCACUUUCCAUUGUAGAUGUUUACUGGUGGUGAUAAUGUCACAAAGAAGAACCAGACUGAGCCCUGAAUCUGAGGCUGCUCCUUUUAUCUGGAGUCAACAAGCCUUGUUUGAAAGCCCAGUGGAUCAAUGAUUAUAAAGACACCAAGUGACGGGAUCUUGACUGAACCUUCUGGAGACCAAGAAGGGAGUGAGAGAUCCACUUCAUCCUUACAACAGACACCAAGUGACCUGACUGAACCCUCUGGAGACCAUGAAUGGAGUGAGAUAUCCACUUCAUUCUUACAACAGACACCAAGUGACCUGACUGAACCCUCUGGAGACCAUGAAUGGAGUGAGAUAUCCACUUCAUUCUUACAACAGACACCAAGUGACCUGACUGAACCCUCUGGAGACCAUGAAUGGAAUGAGAGAUCCACUUCAUUCUUACAACAGACACCGAGUGACCUGACUGAACCCUCUGGAGACCAUGAAUGGAAUGAUAGAUACACUUCAUCCUUACAACAGACACCAAGGGACCUGACUGAACCCUCUGGAGACCAUGAAUGGAGUGAGAGAUCCACUUCAUCCUUUCAACAGACAUCAAGUGACAGGUACCUGACUGAACCCUCUGGAAACCAAGAAUGGAGUGAGAGAUCCACUUCAUCCUUACAACAGACACCAAGUGACCUGACUGAACCCUCUGGAGAACAAGAAUGGAGUGAUAGAUACACUUCAUCCUUACAACAGACACCAAGUGACCUGACUGAACCCUCUGGAGACCAUGAAUGGAGUGAGAGAUCCACUUCAUUCUUACAACAGACACCAAGUGACCUGACUGAACCCUCUGGAGACCAUGAAUGGAGUGAGAGAUCCACUUCAUUCUUACAACAGACACCAAGUGACCUGACUGAACCCUCUGGAGACCAUGAAUGGAGUGAGAGAUCCACUUCAUCCUUUCAACAGACACCAAGUGACCUGACUGAACCCUCUGGAGACCAUGAAUGGAGUGAGAGAUCCACUUCAUUCUUACAACAGACACCAAGUGACCUGACUGAACCCUCUGGAGACCAUGAAUGGAAUGAUAGAUACACUUCAUCCUUACAACAGACACCAAGUGUUCCGAUCCUGUUGAAACCUUUUGAAGAUCAAGAAAGGAGUGGAAGAUCCACUUCUUCCUUACAACAGACACCAAGUGACCUGACUGAACCCUCUGGAGACCAUGAAUGGAAUGAGAGAUAAAUUCUCAAAAUUCUCAAAUUUUCAAAAUUCUCAUUAUUUCCUGGAAUAUCUUAUUUUGAUUAUUUUAUUUUUCCAUUUUUAAUAAAUAAUGCCUUCUUUUACAGGUGGGAAUAAGAGACGCACAUGGACAGAUUAUGAAGUGAAGGCUGUUGAGCGACAUAUGUUUGAUUUCAUAACAAGCCAGAAAGUUUCUGGUAAAACGAGCUGUGAGUCCUGUCUCCACGCAGAGCCAGCAGCUCUGAACGACAGAGGCUGGGUGUCCAUCAAAAACUACAUCCACAACAGGAUAUAACUGCAUUAAAAAGGGAAAUGAAUGGCUAGUCCAUUGAAAUGCGAGCACGUCUGGGUACAUUUCAGUUCAAGUUAACUAAAGCAAUAGCAAUGGUGCAUUUAGGGUGGGAUGGUCAAUUAUGGAUUUCAUAUUUGUUGUUGGAUACUGUGUUUCACGUUUGUUGUUUCAUGAUCUUCAAGAGCAAUUUGGAAAAUCCUUGAAGAUGUAUGAACAUGUAAAUUAUACUGUAUAUCAGGCAUGUUCCGAUCUGGGCCUGGAGAGCCACUGUCGUGCCUGUUUUCCAGCUCUCCCGGCUGCAUCACACCUGUUUCAGAUGAUCAGUUCAUCAGUCAGCUCUGAUGCAGCAUUAGAACAUCCUGGGAGAGCUGGAAAACAAAAAGACAGCGGCCCUUGAGGACCGACCUUGGACACUCCUGCUGUAUAUAAACGUACGUACGAUAUACAAACUUCUCACAAAAGAUAGGCUUAUUAGGUUUGAGGUGAUAUUUUGGAAAAACCCUAAAACAUUUGAAUUCAUCCUAUUUCAAGAAUUUCAAUACUUUUUGAAAAGUUGCUUUUGUCUAACGGUAGCUAAAGAAGUUGCUACACACAUGGCACAAUAAAUGGCCAGAUUCAUUAAAAAUUCUUCAUCGCAGUAUUCACAUUUUGACAUAAUCUUCUUCAGUUCAAACAACCCUCAUCUAUUGCAGUGCUUUGUGUCAUGGAGAGGAGGUGGCAUGUUUUCUGUGUUCAUAAUUUCAUAUUGUCAGCAAUUAAAAAAUAAGAAAGUGGACUGACCACAUAUUUAACCGUCUCUUCUUCUUCACAGCUUAUUUUACUAUCUUGUAUUAUUAAUGUGAAUAUUUGAGGGAUGACGGGUAUAACGACUGUUUGGCACAUUCG